ACCCGCUUCUCCACCCGCCGGGCCCCGCCCUUCCGCCUGUAGAGCGUCUUUCGUCAUUUCCUGUGGGUCUGCAGGCGAAGGGAGAAGAUGGCGGCCCUGGGGGAACCCGUGCGGCUGGAGCGGGAUAUUUGUAGAGCAAUUGAAUUGUUGGAAAAAUUGCAAAGGAGUGGAGAGGUACCACCCCAGAAACUUCAGGCUUUACAAAGAGUUCUUCAAAGUGAAUUCUGCAAUGCCGUAAGAGAGGUUUAUGAACAUGUCUAUGAGACUGUGGACAUCAGUAGCAGCCCUGAAGUGAGAGCUAAUGCAACUGCAAAGGCCACUGUUGCUGCAUUUGCUGCUAGUGAAGGACAUUCACAUCCUCGAGUUGUUGAACUACCAAAAACAGAAGAAGGCCUUGGGUUCAAUAUUAUGGGAGGCAAAGAACAAAACUCUCCAAUCUAUAUAUCUCGAAUAAUUCCAGGUGGAAUUGCUGAUAGACAUGGGGGCCUCAAGAGAGGAGAUCAACUCCUUUCUGUUAAUGGAGUGAGUGUUGAAGGAGAACAUCAUGAAAAAGCUGUAGAACUUCUGAAAGCAGCCCAAGGAAAAGUUAAAUUAGUAGUACGAUAUACACCCAAGGUCUUAGAAGAAAUGGAAUCACGCUUUGAGAAAAUGAGAUCUGCAAAACGCAGGCAACAGACCUAAUGCAGUUCAAAACUUUAUAUUCCAUUUUGCUUUCAGCUAGAGAAGUUUGCCUUGUGACCUACUGAUGGCUGCAAUGCCAGUGAUUAUAAAUAACAGAAACUUCCCUUGAAAUCCUCCUUGCCAUUUUAUAAAUGCCUAUUUUAACAUCAUUUAUUGUUCCAGAGAUACAUACUCUUUUUUCUGAUAAGAAGUAAAAGGUGAUGAGGGCAAUUCUGUCCUGCUGUUUUUACAGGCCUUUUUCAAACGCAGAUUUUAUCAUAAAAUUGUUAUAGAUUUUUAAAAAUGCUUUUUUAAUAUUAAAAUGUACUUUUACAUUCUUAAUCUUCUUUUAGAAAAAAAGAUUUUCUUCAUUUGGCUGCUUAUUUAAAAAUAACUGUUCUCCAAUUCUUUUUUUGCUUAACUUUUUUUUUAACCUGGAAAAUUUCUUUAUGGUUUUCCAAGAAAUUAAACAUAGCAACUUCAGCUACAGCAGUUCCUUACAUUAUAAAUGUUAACAUCACUACUGCAUUUUGUACUUUAAACACACACAUAAUAUAUAAUCAGUGGUAAAUCAUAACUCAGCACAGUGGAAGUUUUUUACUUUUAUUUAGACAUAAUGAAUAUUCAUUUAUACUAAUUUAUACAAGUAAGUUUUUAAACACUGAUACUGUCAUUGCUAAAUAUGUAUUCUUCCAUAAUGUUUGAGCAGUGAGGCAAGAGGUUUGAUUGUUAGCAUUACUGAUUAUGUCUCUUUAUAUUCAACAACAUGUCAUAAAUUACAAAUGCAAAAACAGGUUCAGGUUUCAUCUUGUGCAAAUUUUCUUAAUGCUAUUCUUUUUAUUUUAAUAUAUUUCUUAUGUUUUGGUACUUCCAUUUGUAGAGAUGAGCCAGUUUCCCAGUGGUGGGGAAUAGCAGAAACAAAGAAGGAAAAGUAAAACCUUUGACCUCACUAGCCUAAUGAGUUACACACUCUUACUAACUUGAUUCUAAAAAUUGAUUUUAAUAGGAAGAAGGUAGAAUAUAUUUAAGAUAUAUAGAAAUUAUGAGGUGAUGUACUCAUAAGAAUCUGCAGACUCUGUCAAAAUGAGUAGGAACUUUUCCAUAUUAAAAUUGUUGGAUUUAGAGAUGUGAUCUUCAUUUCAAUGAUUCAAAUAUGGUGGUGGGAAUUAGGAGAUGUACUUCCAUUUGUCCACUGGAUGUCACUAUUUUACUGAAAGGCAGCUAUUCAGCGUUUCACUGUGACUGAGAUCUUCUUUAAAGGCUGAAAUUAAAGAGUUGAGGUUCAUUUUCAGUCACAAUUUACAGGAAUAUUUGUACGGUUUAAAAAAUUUUUAAGUGACAAAUGAAAAAUAAUGGAUUGAAAUAUGUAAGGAAUUUUGCAUUAUUAUUGACCCUGUGUAAAAAGUGGGCAUUUUUAAACAUUACUUCAGGAAGAAUAGAAAUGCAUAUCUUUUUUCUGCAUGUUUGUGAUUACUGUUAGUCUUAAAAGAUUAUUCCAGUUUUCAGUGAUCUUCAGAAUAAAAUCAAUCAGCAUUGUUAUUUAUCAUUUAGGUAUUGAACACUGGAUUGCAUGGUUGAAUGUGUCUUUAGUCCACUACAAAAUAUGCUUGUAUUGAUAGGAUCAUGUUGUAAAAGUGUCUGUUUUCAAAAUUGAUGUUUUUAAAACAUUGAGACCAAAGUAGUGUAGAAGUAGUAUGGACUUAAUUUAACUGUAAAAUUAUUAGAGGUAUUUGUUGUAGAGCUUUAUAUAUUGAAGAGAGGUUUUGGUGCAUAUAAAAGCAGUAAUAAUAUUGUUAUGCUUGUGUUCUUGCAUUAUAGGGUAAGUAAACCCUGAAGAAAUCUUAUUUUAGUAUAGCUACAGCUGCAGUAGCUUUUAAGGGUGUGUCAACAUUUCAUUAUAAAUUACAGCUUCUGGGUUCAGUAUCUCAGCUGUUUCAGAACUUUCAGCCAAGUUAAAUCUUUUUUGGUGUUGAAACUUAGUAAGUUGAGUAAGCUGGGUUUUUUUUUUUCUACAGUAAUCCACAAUCUGUUCUUUGUGUGGGUUGGCACUUAUUUAUAAUUCUUAAAAUAAGGAUAGCUUAAAGGAGCCAAAUACAGUAAUUUUGUGUGCUACUGUUGAGCAUGAGUAGCAGUAGUUUGUUUUCAUUAAUGCAGUUUUCACAGCAUAUCCCAGAAUUUUAAAUCUUGACCAUUGAAAAAUCAGUCAUUCAGUGGCAAAGAUGCACAGUAGUGGUCUAGUAUAUUGAGGAAAUGAAGGGAAUUUUGUUUUACAAAUAAAUGUAUAAUCAUGAAUAUAACUAGGCACAUAGUUUAUAGUAGGUUUUUUACUUUUAAAUUAAAAUUAUCCUCCAUCUCCAAUUUCCAUUUAUUUUCUUCAUAUUUAAAAAUGGGUUGAUUGAUUCUCAACCUUAGCUGCAUAUUAGAACACCCUGCAAAACAUUAAAAACUGAGUUCUGUGCCACACCAACUGAAUCAGACUAUCUGAGGGUGGAUCUAGGUGCUUAUUUUUUAAAGCUUUCCAGGUGGUUCUAAAGGACAUGUAGGAUAGAGGCCCACUAGUUUCCCCCUUUAUAAAAUGUUGUAAUUACACUGGGCUCUGUUUGGAACUAUCAGAAUAGAACGAUUGAAAUUAUAGCUACCAUUAUGUAGCUGCAAAUAUAGUAAUUGGUUGUAUUUCUUAGUAAUUUCUUUAGUAAUGAAAGACUUGACAUUCCUUAUUUAGGAAGUAAUUAGUCCACCUUUUCAUUUUUUUUAAAAUAAAAUUUGCCAGUAAUUUAAGAGUAAACUUUUAAUGUCUGUCACCUUUCUGCCCCCCCGUGCCUUUAAAACUUAAAGAAAUGUUUAUUAUUUGAGAAAGCAUGUUUAGAAAUUGCAGAUAAUAAAUACAUCAUUGAUAUCUUAAGAUGACCACUUUAUCCAUUAGUAUAAUACUAGAUUAUAAUGGCUUAAUUCUUUGGGGUUUGAUAAUUCAGAUAUUUCUUAAAAUUUUGUCUUCCUUUUCUAAAUUUUUAGAGUUAUUUUGCUUGAGUACUUAAGUAGUUUGGCUUUAAGUACUUUGUUUACAACAUAAAUGGAUAUAAUGGCAUUUAAUAGAGAUGGCUAUGGCUUAUCUGAAAAGAAUGUCAGCAUGACUUGAUGUAGACUUCAGAGAAUACUUGUAUGUGAUUUAUAGUGUGGAAUGAUCAUUGAAUAUCAAGGACUCUGGUCAUUGUAUUUCCUGAAUAAAUGUGUGUUUACAAAUUUUCUAA